UAAGUUGAGAAAUAAAGUUAUUUACAAACAAAAAAUUAUAAAUAUUUUUAAAUGUCUUCUAUUUUAAACGAAGCAAAUGCUAUUUGUACAAUUUGCCUACUAGAUUCAGAAGUCAAUAAUAUAUCGCAUAACGAUGAUAUUAUUACUAAAAUUACACAAUGUUUUGGAAAAGACAUUUUAAUUACAAUUCUGCCUAGAAUUUGCAAGUUAUGUGUGGAGAAAAUUGAAUAUGUAUCUUCAUUUCGCGAUCUUAUAAUUUGUAAUCAAAAUAUACUUUUAAAUAAACUGAAAAACAAUACUCAUUUACGUAAAGAUUUUAAAGUUGAGAAUGAAAAAGAAAACAAUGAGGAUUACGAAUAUACCAAUAUUAAAAUUGAACAAAUCGAAAAUGAAGAUACCAACACAAGCCAAUCCAAAGAUCAAGAUAAUUCUGAUUAUGAUGAUAAGCUUUCCUUAUCUUUAAUUAAAAAAUCAAAAGAAAACAUCCAUAACAAUGAAAAGCAUCAGAUAAAACAGGAAACACAACCAAAAGAAACGGUAAUAAUACAAAAUUACACAAACAAAUGUUUAACAUGUUUUAAAUUAUUUCCUACACAAAAAGAAUUAGUAAAACAUUACAAUAAGGAACAUAAAAAGGAACAAGAUAAAGACACAAAAGAUAUUGUAUAUGAAAUUAUAACAGAUGAUAAAAAUAUCAAAUAUAAAUGUAGAAAAUGUGCAAAGUUAUUUGAGAGUAAAGUUAAAAUAAAUAAACACAUGUUAUGUCAUGUACAAGAGAGACCUUUUGUAUGUAAAUUAUGUGGUAGAACAUAUAAACAGGCAUCAGAGAUAGUAAGACACGGCAGAGUACAUGAUGGUUUGAAAGUUCCUUGUAAGUUCCGAUGUGGAUAUAGUACAGCAUAUAAAGGUGCAUUAAAACAACACGAGAGACGACAUAAGAAAGAAUAUAUGUAUACAUGUGAGAAAUGUGGCAAAGGUUUUGAAGUGUUAACUUGGUAUGAACAACAUCAGAAUGUACAUACAGGGGUUAAACCCUUUGUUUGUAAUAUUUGUGGAGUUGCCUUUCAUAUGGACAGAUACCUACAAGUGCAUAUUAGCUCUAUUCACCCACAUUCUUAUGUUGGGGAGAAAUUUCUAUGUGUACAUUGUUCAAAACCAUUCAGUACUAAAAAAGCCCUUACACUGCAUUUAAAGGACCACGGUAUAACGUCGAAAUUCCUCUGCGAUAUAUGCGGGAAAGUGUUCUCAGAAGCAAGACUACUGAAACUACACAAGCGAAUGCAUCUCGGUGUCAGACCUUACAGCUGCAGUAUAUGCAAGAAAACGUUCGCGAAACGAUCCAACUUGUCGGUGCACUUGCAAACGCACAGCGGUGUCUCAAGUCAUGCGUGUGAGCGUUGCGGCAAGAGGUAUACGCAGAGAGGCGCGCUGCUCAGACAUGUACAGAGAUUUCAUAAAGGUACUAAUCUACAAGUUAGAAACGAAACAUAAUGUUUUUAACUGAGAAGAUU